AUUCAAUUGUUCUUCCUUUUCCUGUGACGUUUGUUACGAGAUCGGAAUUGCAAUGAGAAAAAUAACAACUUGAUCAGAAGUCAGAGUUAUCAAGAAGGAAACAAAACAUAAGAUUAACGUAAACAUAUCAAAUAAAAGCUAAUAAUGAGUGACAGAGCUCUGCUGAAAAGACAAGGUGGUUUCUGGUACUCACCUAUAGGACUGGCAUAGCGUUGCCGAGAUAAGGUUGCAGUCAAGGUGCCAUGGCUUCUAAAAGCUCUCAUCAUUACAGAAGCCUCCUUUAUUGACAUGCGAAUGACAGGAACGUGAAAUUUAGUGUUUUGUCUUGGUUGACAGUAGCUGACUUUAGUAUGUUUAUUGAGAGAUUUAAGCAAGUACUUGAAAUGGAGAACUUAAGUAAAGUCGCAGCAGUUUGCAAGUCCUUGGUGCGGAUCUUGUUCGUGCUACUGAACAAUAUAUACUGCAUACCAACAUAUGUUCUGUGGAUGGUGCUGUUUGCACCCUUGAGGAAAUGCAAUCCGGAUCUUUACUGGAAAAUAGAAGGCCAAUUUUUUCAUGGGCUCCUUGCUAUGGUUGCUAUGUGGAGUUGGUCAGCAGGAUAUGAUACUCACAAGGUGCUGUACCAGUAUAUACAGAAAUUCUUGCUAGCACGUUCAGUUGUGGAGCAAGGUGACGAUAUCCAGACGUGCCUCGAGGAACGGACGUUGGUGAUAGCAAAUCACCAGUCGACUGCUGAUGUGCCUUUGCUUAUGGCAACGUUUAAUGCUAAACCAAAUGUCCUGCCAAACCUCAUGUGGAUAAUGGAUCGUAUCUUCAAAUAUACCAAUUUUGGUAUAGUCUCCAUCAUUCACCAGGAUUUCUUUAUUGUUUCUGGAAAGGAGAAGCGGUUGGAGUCACUGGAGGGGCUGAGGCGGCAUUUGUAUGAGUCGUACAUUCCACGUGGCCGCAAGUGGAUGGUUCUCUUCCCAGAAGGAGGCUUCCUGCGGAAACGCAGAGAAACGAGCCAGAGGUACGCUCUGAAAAACAACCUGCCCGUCCUCCAACACGUGUCGCUGCCCCGAGUGGGCGCCCUCCAAACAAUUAUCGACGUGGUGGGUCCAGUGGAGAGUGCGAGUGUACGCCAAAGUGAAAAGAAAUCAGAUAUACCCAACUCUAUAGAGAAUGAUGUAAUGGCUAAAGUUACUUCUGACCCUGCUGAAAUUCUGGCUGCAUUGCAGACAUCGUCAGAAGGGAACAGUAGUGGAAAGCUGAAUUGGGUGCUGGAUAUCACAAUUGCAUAUCCUGAAGGCAAGCCAUUGGACUUGAGUGACAUUAUAACUGGGUAUCGAAAACCUUGUAAAACAUUUAUGUUUUACAGAUUGUUUCGUUGCAGUGAGGUACCUCAGGAACACGAUGCCAUGGCUCAUUGGCUGUAUGAUCGUUUUGCAGAGAAGGAGAAACUGCUGGAAGCUUUCUACAGAACAGGAGAAUUUCCUAGCCAAGAGUUCUGCUCCCAUCCGAAGCCACCACAGGAAGUUCAGCAAGAUGGUUUCAGAUUUUUUGUGCUGCAUGUGUUGUUCAUUACGUCCACAAUUCUGCAUUUGCGGUUGUUAUCGUAUGCAGCAUCUUUUGUGUGGUAGUGAAUGCUGGCCUUACUUUAGUCAUUUUUCUACCAGUCUCGCCGAGUCUCGCAAUUUCUGUAAAAUGGAGAAGGAAAGGAAAGGACCGAUUACGAGGUGUAACUGUCGGUUUACACCUCAUUUGAUACUAACAUUUUUGACAUUUAGAGAUACUGAGAUGUCCUUAUUCGCGAGACUCUCGUAUUGGGUGCAGCGACUGUGAUGGUAUAUUACUUUUUUGUUUGUUUUAUCACUUGUAAAGUCCUGCAGUACUGUUAUGUAGAGGCACAUAGCUUGUAUAUUGUUGCAACCCACCACACAUCACCCACACACUGUGUAGAUGUUGCUUUGGAUUUUAACUCCGAUAAUUAAUCAGAUUGUUUGUGUCAUUUUGGGUGAAGUAAUUGUUGAGCCUCGAACUUGGCAGCAGCCGUAUAUUAAAUUACAUCAAUCAUACAGAAGCACAGAAAAUGUUGUCAUGAGCUGUAAAUACAUGGAAUGUGAUGGAAUAUCUACACUUAAGUAAUUAUACUUUGUGAAUAAACAUUCGGUGUUUCUUUUGAUGUGCAGGUGAUUUGUUACUGGCUGGCAAGAUUGUGGUGGGAUCAUAUGUGAUUUAAGUAGAAUCUUUAUCACGGUAGGAAAAGACCAGUUAGGAGAAAAACUGAGAAAAUUUCUGUGAUGAGGAUUGUAUAUACGUACUUGUAGGAAAGAGUCUGUCAGAUUGCUGUAGAAUUAAUUUAUGAUUAUAUUAAAAGCAGGAAAAAUAUUUGUGCUUUAGACAUGGAGUAUGUUUUGUUUUGGAGACAGAACAGUGCUGUAUGGGAGAACAUUUGUGUUUCUUCCUGUGCUGUAACAUAAAAUGGAAUACAUUUUGUAAGGAAACAUGUUUGUUGCGUUCAUGGGAAUAGUGACAAAUGAAAUGUGCAAUAACCUGAUCUUAAUUAUGCCGAUUUGCUCAUUAACUUAGAUCCACAAUUUUACACUUCUGUAAAUUAUUUCCACAGCUCUCAUAUUGUGUAGUGUGGGACAUCACAAUGGACAUUAAGAUGGGUUUUCAUGUUUUUGUAGGUGAAAUUUUAAUGGUGUUGUGCAACAUUUUGUUGUAUCAUUGAGAAAGUGAUACAGAAUAUUCUGUAGUAGAAAAAAUCAAUCUAUCUUAUACUCGUAGCCCCUUUUUUCCUAACAUUAUUGUUACCACGUUCCUGUUAGCAUCAUAUCGUAAGUAAUGUUCAGAAAUUGCUGCGUAUCUGUUAAAAUCUCAUUGUUGAUUGGUAUGAAUACUUACUCCUUUUAAAUUUUCACCUUUAUAAAUAAUACUUUCUUCUUCUCUAAUAACAAUAAUGUUAACCACAAAGCUGUUUUACAUUUGGGAACUGUAGAUGAACGAUAGCAAAGAUUGGUGAUGGUUUGUGCUAAUGCUAUGAAAACUUGGUCAUUUGUACAAAAGUCUUGUUAAGUUUUAGACCUCAGUCUGUAGUUAUCAGAAAUACUACAGCUGCAAAUUGAACUUUCCUUAUUGUUUAUACAUUGUGUGGUUACAAAACUGUCAUACAACAUUGCUUUAACAUUGGUAUUGUAAUGAGUUCGGAAGCAUACAUCACAUAGCCUUAGGUAUCUCAACUCCCGCCGGUCAUGUAUGUACGAGUGUGGCCGAACAAACAAUGUCUCCUCCCUCUACCCAACUGAAUUAUUAUGUAAUGAAUUUUGUUGCAGCGAUGCUCUGCCCAAAUUGUAGUCUAGUAGCAGAUAGAUUCAUAGUGUUAAUAACGAUGUGUUAAAUUGGAAGAUUAAUGGUAAAUGAGACUGCUGAGUGAAAUCAGUAUCUGUACAAGAAACAUGUCUGCUAAACUUUGCGCGAAGUGUUCCUUAUACCCACUUCAGUGUUGGGACGGAAACGUUUAUUAUUAUUGUUAUUAUUUAUUUAUUAUCUUACUGCUUCUGUGGUUGAAAAUAGUAUUGCCGUCCUAAAGUGUUUUACACUAUUAGUAGACAAACUGAUAAGGAUUCAAGCUAAAUGUGAAAAAGACAAUUUUGUGAAAUUGUUUUGUUCAUCCUAUUUGGAAGUUAGAUAUAAUAUUGUUGAGAAAUGUAAGUGGUACUAGCUGUUUGGUAUGGAAAAUGACUCUAAAUAACUUUCACAUUUAUAAUAUGCUUUAUUUGCUGGAAUUAUUUAUAAAUAUCAAUUCCUAGUAAUAUUGUGUGUUAUAUCACUUAUUACAUUUCUUGUGAUGUGUAAUUUUCACGUUGCCUAGUCAGAGACAAAAAAUUCUGAGGUUGAUGAAUACAACAGUGCUAUCACUGGAAGUGAAACUUGUGAGAAUGAGAUGCAGCCAGAGUGGACUAGAUUUUAUCAGAGCCAGAAAACUAUAUACCUAAUUUCAUUACAAAAUACUUUUUUCUUGCUGAAGUACUAUAAUCUACAGGGGAAAAGAGAAGAGACUCAUGACUUCAAUACGUAAAUGAUUUAGUGUUGUUGAAAGUAGUUUUGUUGAUUGUCAGCUGACCAGACUAAUUUUAAAAUAUUUUUUGUGGAAGAUUGACAGUUUUAAUUGAAUUUUAAUGCAAGCAAUGGGCAUGAAAUGCUUGGUCUGAUCCAAUGUGCUCCUUGCAGCAUAUGUUGCAGUAUGAUGAACAGUCCAGUCAGUGGCAAUGUUGAAUGAAAAAUUUUAAUAUAGUUUUGUACAUUUGCUACUUUGAGUUGAGAUCCAUAGGGUUUCCCUCCAUGAGAAGUUGUUUAUAAAUACUGACUGUCACAGUGAUGAUUGCAGAUAGGUUCAAAAUUGUGUACUCUGUACUCUGGUGCCUUAAUGUAAGUUUGGAAUAUCUUGUGCUGCAACUAUGCCCAUCUUGCACGAGAAGUUGCUGCACUUACAAUUUGUGACACAGAUGACAGUUAAUCUUAUGACAUAGCAGUCGAGUGCCUUAUAUGGAAUAUAAUUUCUUAUUACUGGCUACAGUUCCAUGUUAAAGUGAUGUUUGGUGGUGUAGUUUCGGUUCGCUUCUGGAAUAAUUGCAUAAUUAGUUGGAGGGGGAAAAUUGCAUUCUUCGGGCAUCUGUGUUUCACUUGGUAUUUGUAUAGGAAUAGACUAGAAAUUUGCUAUUAUAUUACACAAAUUGUGUGUGAGGUCGUCCAGCAGAUUUGAAUGUCAUGAGUCGUGGGAUAUGUAUUUGGCAGUGGGGCAAAUAUACUAUGAGGUAUGAUGGUUUGAAGCAUUUUUAACAUUUCUCAUGUGCAUGAAGGGCAUAGUUAAACAUUUUAAUUUGUACAUUCCAUAUAAAAUUAGCAGCAUUUUUACGACUUUUUUCUUAUUCUGAAAUUCAGCAAUGAGAUAACAGAAAUAAAAAAAAUGGUGGCAUGGGAUAUAAAAUUAAUCAGCAAACACUUGAUUUAGAUCAGUGUUCAUUUCUGCAAUGCUAGUCAUUCAAGUGAUUACUUUCUGUGUUUAUUUACCUGUGUGGAAAGAAAUUACUGCAGAAUGUUGACUGACCAGGAUAUAGAUUGUGUUUAAUAAUUGGACUUAAUGUAGUUUUGUAAUUUUUGGAGACCAUGUACAAAUUACAUUUUCCCCCAUUCUCGCUUGUGAUACACUAUUAUUUGUACAUAUCGAUCUAGAACUUGUGUUUUUAGUGAAAGUCUUAUGGGAAUAUGGUAAUUUUUUGUGAUGUGCUUGUUGUAUAUUGGGUAAUAAGUUAUUUUAUGACUGUAAUGAUAUUUAUUGUGGAAAAAAGGAGGGCAAAUACUGUAAUUUUAACUGUGUAAAUAGACGUAAUGUCCCUGGUGCUAUAAAUCUGGUGCAGAUACGCUUCUGAUAUCACUGUAAAGUUCAUUCUGUCAGCUUGACACCUUCUAAAAGAAUGUAGACUUGGGCAGUAAGUGCAACAGUAAAGAGAGCUGUUGAAGCAUUGCCACUGGAUUUCGAAUAACUGUGUGGUCUGGGACAGUAAAAAGGACACAUGUAAUGCCACUUACAAAAUCAUGUGGUAGCUGGGAGAAGAAAACAAAAGGAUGCAAAAGCAUGUCAGAGCUUCCUGUUAAAAAAGUUCUGUAUCUUGCCAGUAGCAUAUACAUGCUAUGCAAUGUUAUUAGUUAUGUGGAAAUUAUAAAGGAAAGUGAGUUCUAUUUUCUUGUGCAGUUGGAAGUGUCUGCAUCAGACAUUUUAAGUAUAGAAAUAAACAGUCGUUAAUGGUUAUUAGAAGCAAACUUCUAGAACUGAUUUUGAAAUUGGCUUGUGACGUAAAAGUUUCGAAAAUUGUGCUCACAAGAGUGAAGACUCUUCACAGUUAGAGAAAAAUAAACUUUCUUAGACUAAAUGAUUUUAGAUUAAUUAAAUGUCUUAAACAAGAUUUACAAUUGUGCCACAUUCCACAAUUUAAUUCACCAAUUUCACAACAAUUUAUGGUUGGGGAAAAUACGUGUGGCACUUAGAAUAGCUCACCCAAAAUAACUGAAUAUUAUGUAUUUUCCAUCUUGCCAUUAUUCGAGAAUCACAUUGAACUGUGUGAGCUCCUGCCACAUUUAGAAACUAGCCAUUUUAAGUAGUUCAGCUAUUGUUUCCCCUCUUGUGAGUUUUUGCAAAAGUAUGUUUUUUGUGUGUUUAAAGUACUGGCUUUCUGAAUAAAAUUGACAUAGCUUGUUGAAAAUAAUGGGACUGUGUACAUUUUUGACUUAAAAUCUGUUGCUGCAUAUGAAAAUAUUGUUUUUAAGUUCUGGAGGAAAAAACAAUAAAACUGUGGUAAAUUUUUU